AUGGGGAAAGUGACAUCAGAGUGUGCCCUUCAGACUUUCAGUUGUCACGUGACCUCGCCUGGGAGGAUUGACUGCCAGCCUGUGUCCUUAGGAUCCUCAGCACUGGCCAGGUAUAUAAAGGGACCCGACCCAGAAGACACAUCACACCUGAGAACACCCAUCUGCUCUCCACUCCUCAACCCUACUCCAGCCCAGACACCCACCAUGUCCUGCUGUGGCUCCUUCUCCUCCCAGAGCUGUGGAGGCUGCUGCCAGCCCUGCUGCUGCCGCGACCCCUGCUGCUGCCGCCCAGUGUCCUGCCAGACCACAGUGUGCCGCCCUGUGACCUGCGUGCCCCACUUCACCAGGCCCAUCUGUGAGCCCUGCCGCCGCCCCAUCUGCUGUGACCCCUGCAGCCUGCAGCAGGGCUGCUGCCGCCCCAUCACCUGCUGCCCCACCUCCUGCACAGCUGUGGUCUGCAGACCCUGCUGCUGGGCCUCCACCUGCUGCCAGCCCAUCUCUGUGCAGGCUCCCUGCUGCAGGCCCCCCUGCUGCCAGCCUGCCCCCUGCCGCACCACCUGCAGGACCUCCCCCUGCAACACCUGCUGCUGA